AUGACUUGCCCAAGGUUACAGGGCUUGUAAGUGGCAGAGGCAUCAAUUGAGCCCAGUCCUCCAAUUCCAGAUCCAAUGCCCUUUUCUGCAACAGUAAAGUGUAUAUACAAUAUCUUUAGUCUAUGCCUUUGUUGUUAUUUUGCCCCUUACCAUGCCAGACACUGUGGAUUGUGGCUUAAUCACCUCUCUUCAUCGCUCUUAAUUUCUUUGCCUUGGAAAAGCUGAUAAAAUACUAGUCACUGGACAAAAUAUUUUGCGCAACCUCAAUUCAUCGAGCAGAGUAUCUAAAGAUUCAAAGGAAAAAGAGGUUUCCAACCUUGAAGAGUUCCCAGUCUAUUGAUAUAGUUAGGGUUACCCACAAAUGUACCUAAUGAUGUUGACCACUUGUCCCCAUUUUCUGUCCUUUUCCCUAGAGCCUGAGAAGAUGCCCUAGAAGGACUAGGAAGUAUAGGACAGAGGAAUGGAACUGAAACCAAAAACUGUAGUCACACAAUUCAGCCUUCUGGCAUUGAGCCAACAGGAAGAAGUAGUGGAUUUACUUAAAGACUACCUACUGAGUGCUAGUGAAGAUGAGGAGGACAAUGAUGGAGGGAGGAAACAUCGAAAGCUCCUGGAGACCAUUGGUGGCCUGGAUGGAAAGAACAGGCAGAGAUUGGCUGAGCGCUCAGAAGCCAGUCUGCAGGUGUCAGAGUUCAGUGUCAGCGCUGAAGGGACAGGGGAGAAGCUGGAACUCACAGAGCUGCUGGCACCCAUCAAGCCUUCUUCCUCGCUGAGCACUGUGAAGAAGCAGCUGAAGGAGGUCAAAAAUAAGAAGACGGUGGAGUUACCCCUUAGCAAAGAGGAGAAUGAACGGAUCCACAGGGAAGCUGCCUACAACAAAACCUCCCAAGACAUGGACAAGUGGGACCCAGUAGUCUUGAAGAACCGGAGUGCAGCACAGCUAGUCUUUCCUCUGGAGCAGGAGCAAGUACUAGAUGCCCCUAUCGAGGAGGUGCUCGGGGGCUGGAAGGCAAGAACUCCCCUGGAACAGGAAAUUUUUAACCUCCUCCACAAGAACAAGCAGCCUCUGACUGACCCUUUAUUGACACCCGUGGAAAAGGCCUCCCUGAAAGCCAUGAGCCUGGAGGAGGCCAAGCAGCGCCGAGCAGAGCUUCAGAAAGCCCGGGCCCUGCAGUCCUACUACGAGGCCAGGGCUCGAAGAGAGAAGAAAAUCAAAAGCAAAAAGUUUCGCAAAGUGCUAAAGAAAAGAAAGGCCAAGGAGGCUCUCAAGCAGUUUGAAGAAUUGUGGAAGGUCAAUCCCACCGCGGCCUUGGAAGAACUGGAAAAAAUGGAAAAGGCCAGGAUGAAGGAGCGAAUGAGCCUCAAACACCAGAACAGCGGGAAAUGGGCCAAGUCAAAAGCUAUUAUGGCUAAGUAUGACUUGGAGGCCCGUAAGGCAAUGCAGGAACAGUUGACCAAGAACAAAGAACUGACCCAGAAACUUCAGGUGCCCUCUGACAGUGAGCAUGAUGAAGACGCUAAAGAAGACAGCGGCCUUAUCCCUGACAUCGUGAAUGAAGUGCAGAUGAGCCUUGACGGCCCAAACCCCUGGAUGCAGAAAAAUCGGGGGCUCAACACCAAGGCCUCUCACAUCCAGAAGAAGCCUGUUGCCAGUGAAGAGUCUGAGUCUGAGCCUGAGGAGGAAGAAAAGGCCAGGGCUGAGGAGGACACACUGCUGCAGGAAGUGGAAGAGAGGCGGUCCCUUCGGAAAGGGUCAAAGGUUGACCAGGGGUCACAGAAGCAGGGACACAGAACAAAAGAACCUAGGAGGACGCAGGAAGACAAGGAGGUGUUAGCUGAACUGAGGACCCUCUCUAAGCAUAUAAACCAAAAGGCCAGGAAGAUGAAGCAAGAUGGAGAACAGGGUGUGAGCUCAGCUCCAGCUCCCCCCAGUGAGCCAAGCAUCCAGAGAGAGGAACAGUCCUUGCUAGAUGAGAGGCCAGAGAGAGUACAGACCAUGGAGGACCUAGAGAUACUGGGCAUGGGAGAAGUUAGCCAAGGAGAGAAACAGCUCAGGCCUGGAGUGGAAAGGCAGCAGCAACGUAGUCAGACUGAGCAAAGGAGUCCUCCCGAGAUGAAGCAGGAGCCCAUGAUUGAUCUGCACAGCAUCAUCACUGUGAAGACCCACAAGGCAAACACCUCUUUAUCAGUCCCCACCAUUGUAGAUGAGGAGGACUGUGACGAAGAGGUAACCCAAAAGCAGAUAAUAAAGGAGGCCUUCGCUGGGGACGAUGUCAUCGCUGACUUCCAGAAGGAGAAACGCGAAGCUGAGAAAGCAAGCAAGCCAAAAGAUAUUGACCUGAGCCUGCCAGGCUGGGGACAGUGGGGUGGUCCGGGCCUGGUGAUCAGUGCCAAGAAGAGACGCCGGUUUCUCAUCAAAGCCCCUCAGGUCGCUCCAAGGAAAGACAAGCGCUUGCCAAACGUGGUCAUCAACGAGAGUCGGAAUGUCUGGGCAGUGGCCCACCAGGUAAAUGUGCUUCCGUUCCCGUUCACCCACCAGUAUCAGUUUGAAGAGACCAUCAAGACGCCAGUGGGCACCACAUGGAACACGCAGAGGGCCUUCCAGAAGCUGACCGCUCCCCGCGUGGUGACCAAACCUGGCCACAUCAUUGAGCCCAUAAAGGAGAAGGAUGUUGAGUCUUCUCCUUCCCGCUUGGGCCCUCCAACCCUACAGAGAACAGGAGGACAGCAUGCCCACCAUAGGAGGAGAGGGCCAAAGAAAGCCCUUUAAGUCCUACUGCUGGCCCCAGGGCCAAGAGAACUUGGUGCUGGGACACCAUGCCCGGGUGAUAAUGCUGCCUCCUCCUGGAAAUAAAGCAAACCUUCCCUAUAAAUGGAGCUCAGUGGAUCACAUCAUCUUCCAGGCUUCUCCUUUCUCUAUUUACUGUCAAACAGAUCUGCCGAAGGUCUCGCAACUCCUGCUUGACUGGGAGCUCAUCAGGUGGCCUAAUAGGGGCCACGUUGGGGAAGAAAAAUCUGGAGUGCAAAGCAGAUUUAAUAAUACUUUCCAUCCAUCUGGACAGCAUUUUCACAGCCAUUCUCUCUGACCCUUUCUGGGGGAGGGGGAAAAGGAACAGAAAAAGCAUCCCCAUAGAGCAGACGGCUUCUCUGUGCUAUUAACUGACUUUGGGCAAUUCCCUUCCCCCUCUGGAUUUCAGGCACCUCGUAAAAUGACAGGGUCCAAUUGGACCAGGGGUUCCUAACUGGGGUCUGUGUGACUAUGGAUGGGGGAAAAAUGUAUUUCA